CUGAGCUAAAAGCUACAGUUUCUCCUUAACUCCUGCCUCUCAAUUGGUUGAGAACGGUCAGCUGACGUUGUCAUAUUGUCUCUCACCGAGCCAAGCCUCGGCUAUAACACUCGGGUUUGUGCGUCUUAACCGGAGAUUGGAAAUUAAUAAUAUAGAAUCCUCAAACUAGUCCACGUCUAGUUAAAAAAGAAGAAAGUCGAGGGGGGAGAAAGAAGACAUUGGAGAAAGGUGUGGUUGGUUGACACAGACGGGAAGGAGAUUUACUGAGAAGGAGACUGAAAAGAGACCGAUAAAGAAGUGGGGAGAGUUGGAGAGAGGGUUACAGGCAAGGUAUGAAUUCUUAUUUCGCAAACCCGUCGCUCUCCUGCCAUUUAUCCGGUGGUCAAGAUGUUUUGCCUAACGUACCCCUGAACUCCACCACCUAUGACACAGUCAGACAUUUUUCGUCGUACGGUGCUGCUGUGACCCAGAAUCGGAUAUAUGCACCUUUCUACUCUCCUCAAGACAAUGUCGUGUUUGGGUCUGGCAGGGCACAAUAUGAAUAUGGAUCAAACGUUUUUCUUCAAGACAAGGACGUGCUCCCCAGUUGCAGGCAAACAAACAUGGGACUCAAUUCACAAAGCCACAUUGCUCAAGAGUAUAGUUUGGAUCAAGGAAGAGCAGGAGCGCAGGAUCAGAAAACCAACAUCCCGAUCUACCCGUGGAUGCAGCGAAUGAACUCACACAGCGGAGUGGGCUACGGGACAGACAGACGCAGAGGACGUCAAAUAUACUCUCGUUACCAAACACUUGAGCUGGAGAAGGAGUUUCAUUUCAACCGCUACCUGACCCGGCGCAGACGCAUCGAAAUCGCCAAUGCGCUUUGUUUAACAGAGAGGCAGAUAAAAAUCUGGUUUCAAAACCGACGCAUGAAAUGGAAGAAAGAGAGCAACCUGACAUCCACGGUGACUGGAAGUGAACAGACAGCAGCCUCUCCGGAAGAGGAACGCAAUGGCGCAAUUGAAGAAGAGAAGGAUGAGGAAAAGAAGAAAGAAUAGUUUUUAAAAAGAUGAGGGGAAAAAAACACCUGAUGACCAUUAAAACCCAACAUAACUACCUAAAAAAAAUCGACAUGGACUUGAGAGCGACUUCACUGCAUGAUGGCUAGCCCGCAGCUCUCCCACUUAUAUCCUAUGCUGACCACAAGAGUGUUGAGCCUUAGAUAUCAAGAUUAUUUCAGCCACAUAUGGCCCCCUUUGACAUUUGGAGCGCUGUUUUUUUAUUGCAAUGUCUCACUUGUAUUGUGAAAAUAAAAAGAAGUAUUCAUUUAUACGUUAUUUCUCAUGCCAGUAAAAUCUAUGUAUUUAUCCCCCCACACCCCAUCCAUCACUGUGAACUCUUUGAUCACCUCAUAAAAUACAGUGUUGGUCAGACUUAACUCAUGUUGUACAUGCACAUUCCACGGAAACAAAGCAAAGGACCGGACGGACACUUUAUUUGAUCAUAGUAUAACUAGUACUUGAAUCAUCUGCAGAAAAGUGUCCUGCAUAAACAUGAAAGUUGCACGGAUAUAGACUACAGUCCACACACAACUGAAAUGCCUGUAUAUAAUCAAAGUAACAGUGUACUAUGUAAAUCCAAUGAGGACUGCAUUUAGCCGCUUUGAUAGACGCUGCAUAACAUAAAACUGCGCUUAGCCCCCUUUUGUUUGACCAUUGACACAGUAGGCUUUCCUUGUGAAAUAGA